AUGACUCAAGAAAACAGCGAAGGGGCUACGUAUUCGGAACAGCUCUUGGAGAGUGCCAGAAGAAAUAAUGUGGAGCUUUUCAAUACCAUCAAGGAAGAGUUAGGGCUGCAAGAGAAGUUAGCCAAUAUCAUUAACACAACCAAGGAAGUAAUUACCGGCAAUUCCCCCUUACAUCUUGCCACGCUGAUAGGCAAUUGGGAAUUCAUAGACGCAGUUUUGGAUGUGGAAGGCGUAGAGAUCGAUCCGCUCAACCGAGACGGCGACACGCCGUUGCAUUUGGCGGUGAAAUUCGCCGGAGACGAGCCAGAGUAUGGCUAUUUCAUAAUUGACAACUUGGUGGAUGCUGGCUCGGACGCUAAGAUCGUGGAUCGUCAUGGAUUGAAGCCAGUAAACUACGUGAGGGAAAACGAGAAACUUCGGACGCUUUUGGAAAGCGCUGAGUUUGGCAGCUUAACCAGGGAGGUGCCUGAACCAGAGGAGGAUCUUGAUGACGAGGGCUCAGCGUCACCCUCCGAUAGCGAGUAA